AUAGUUGUAGCAGUAAAUGUUUACAGCGCACCCGCUGAGACCGUCACCUCCACAACCACAGUCACUACGGAUCAGCCCUCGAUUGCCGAUAUUGAGCCGGAAGAGUCCUCAGUGGAUGCUGCGGAAACUCCGGAUGCGCCCACUCCUGAUACGGAAGAAGAGGAACGGCGUAAAGCAGAGGAAGAAGAAGAAAGGAGGCGACAACGAGAAGCAGAGCUUGAUGCUCAGUUGCAUGCCUUGGAAGCGAAUCCGGCUGAAGUGGACAAAGAAAAUCUGAUUUAUGGAAGAGCAUUUCUUUAUUGUGUUAGAGACAUUGAAAAAGUGAGUAUUAAGGAACUUGAUACAAUGAGGUCAAGUUUUAUUGCUUAUAUUUUAGGAGUUUAA